AUGAGACUUCCACUUCGAGUUUGCGGGUCAUGCAUUACUGCCGUACGAUCAUUUAGUAAUGGAGCCUCGAAAAGAACGCCCCUUUAUGAUUUUCAUAUUUCACAUAAAGCCAAAAUGAUUGAUUUCUGCAAUUUUCUUAUGCCAUUACACUACUCAGACCAAAGCAUCAUUGAUAGUCAUCAAUUUGUGCGUCAACAUUGCGGUCUUUUUGAUGUUUCCCAUAUGUUGCAAAUGCAAGUUUCUGGAAAGGACAGAUUUAGCUUCUUAGAAUCCCUCACUUGUGCUGAUAUUGAGGGAUUACCUAUUUCAUCUGGAACUCUCUCUGUAUUUUUGUUAAGUAGCGGCGGAAUACUAGAUGAUACUAUAAUAUUAAAAUGCAAAGAACCUUAUUUGUAUAUCGUUUCAAAUGCAGCAUGUUCAUCAAAGAUCAAAAAUCAUGUUACAAAAAUGAUGACUAAAGACGUAAAUGACGGUAAAGAAAUAAACAUUAAAGUUCUAAACCAUUCUCUCCUAGCACUGCAAGGACCAGAUUCAUAUUCAGUUCUCCGUGCAGGUAUCUCAUCUACUGAUAUAAGGAACUUUGAAAAUCUUUUUUUUAUGGAAAGUAUGCUCAUUGAUUCAAUCUACGGUUUGAAUACUCCUGAUGGUGAUAUUCGUUUAACACGUUGCGGAUACACAGGUGAAGAUGGUUACGAAAUCAGUGUCCCAUCGGAAAUAGCAAUCCCGAUUGCUGAGGUUCUGGUAAAGAACCCUUCUGUAAAACCUAUUGGGUUAGCUGCUCGUGAUACCUUGAGAUUAGAAGCUGGAUUGUGCUUAUAUGGAAGCGACAUAUCGGAAGAAACAACUCCAGUUGAAGCUUCUCUUUCAUGGCUUAUUUCAAAACGAAGGCGUUUGUGUAAAGACCCAAAAUUUCCUGGUUGCUCAAUUAUAACUGAUCAAUUGAAAAAUAGAAGUGCAUUAAAAAACAAACGAAUCGGUUUGAUUUGUGAAUCAGGUCCACCAGCAAGAAAUGGUGCAAAAAUCUUUGAUCAAUCUUUGCAACUGGAAAUAGGUGUCAUUACAAGUGGUUGUUUUUCACCUACAUUAAGUAAGAAUAUCGCAAUGGCUUAUGUAAAAUCUGAAUAUUGUGAAAAUGAUCGACAACUUUUUGUACAAAUUCGUCAAAAAUUCUAUCCAUAUACCGUUACAAAAAUGCCAUUCGUUGCAACUAAAUAUGUUAGACGAUCUUAAAAAUUAUAGGGCCUAUUAAUAUUUUGUAUUUGUUUUUGAUAUUCCUCGUUUGUUUAUUUAUUUUAAAUAGUUGAUGAUUCUUAAAAAUCUUUUCUGUUCCUAUUGAACUCUUAACUUAUUUCCAACAAUGCUGCUAGAUGUG